AUGCCUCGCUCAUUCCUCGUCAAGACGAAACGAAGUGGAGGCGCCGGGCGGAGGAGCGUUGGGAGUCCGGCAGGGGUCACCAUCUCCGCGAGCCGCCUGCUCCCCGAGUCGCCGCUGUCCGGCUGGCCGGACCCCCUUAGCGGGGGUCCCCUGGGCGGGGGUCCCCUUAGGGGGGGUCCCCUGGGCGGGGGUCCCCUGGGCGGGGGUCCCCUGACCCCGUCUGGGAGCCACGCCUCCUUCCACUGCCUCAAGUGUGGCAAGGUGUUCUCGACCCCCCACGGCCUGGAGGUUCACGCGCGGCGUGCCCACAGUGGGGGGGCCUCGCGGCCGUUUGCGUGCCGAGCGUGCGGCAAGGCCUUCGGGCACGCGGCCUCGCUGGAGCAGCACCGCGCCACUCACUCGCAGGAGCGCAGCUUCGCGUGCGACAUCUGCGGCAAGGCGUUCAAGCGCUCGUCCACACUGUCCACCCACCUGCUCAUCCACUCGGACACGAGGCCCUACCCCUGCGCCUACUGCGGCAAGCGCUUCCACCAGAAGUCCGACAUGAAGAAGCACACCUUCAUACACACAGGCGAGAAGCCCCACAAGUGCUCCGUGUGCGGCAAGGCGUUCAGCCAGAGCUCCAACCUCAUCACGCACUCGCGCAAACACACUGGCUUCAAGCCCUUCGCCUGCGACCUCUGCGCCCGCGGCUUCCAGCGCAAGGUCGACCUACGGCGUCACCGCGACGCGCAGCACGGGGGCCGCUAGCGCCGGGACCCCCCCUGCCGGGGGGGACGGAGGACGCUGGCAGGGGUCCCCGACCGGGUCGCACCCAGGGACCCUCCGGGCCUCGACUCCGAUCCGGAACCAACCGGAGGGAACGCUCCCC